UGUUCAACUACAGCCUACAGGCACAUCCAAGUACAGUUUCUUCCAUGUCUCCGGCGUCCGUUGCAACGCCCGGCCACCUCGCCGUCGCCGUACUCUCCCUCCUUGCUCACCGCCUUCUCCUCUGUUCGGCCGACGUUGAUUUCAUCUACAACGGUUUCCACAACGCCGCCAACCUGAGCCUAGAGGACGCGGCCUCCGUCUUGCCCGGCGGCGCGCUGCAGCUCACCAACGACAGCAAAAAUAUCAUGGGCCAUGCGUUCUUCGACUCCCCGGUGCAGAUGGUGCAGGACGCCGCCGCCGUCGUCUCCUUCAGCACGGCCUUCGUCUUUGAGAUCGUGACCGUCGGCAGCGGCGGCGGCCAUGGCCUGGCCUUUGUCGUCGCCGCCUCCAAGCUGCUCCCCGGCGCAACCGCGGAGCAGUACCUUGGCCUCCUCGGGAAGGACAACCUGGGCAAUCUCUCCAACCACGUCUUCGCCGUCGAGUUCGAUACGGUGAAGGCGAACGGGCUCCUAAACGAGACGAACGACAACCACGUCGGCGUCGACUUGAACAGCCUCGUGUCCAACGUGUCGGAGCCGGCCGCCUACUUCGCCGGCGACGGCGGCGAGAGGACCAACGUGACGUUGGAGAGCGCGCAGGAGAUUCAGGCGUGGGUGGAGUACGACGGCAGCAGCAAGAUCCUCAACGUCACCAUCGCUCCGGUGUCCGUGACGACACGGCCUCGUCGGCCGCUCAUAUCGCGCCCCAUCGACCUCCUGCCGAUCUUCAAGCAAGAAAUGUACGUCGGCUUCUCGUCGGCGACGGGGAAGCUGGCGAGCUCGCACUACAUCCUCGCAUGGAGCUUCCGAACCGGUGGAGCUGCGCAGCCGAUCGAUCUCUCUCGGUUGCCGAGCGUCCCGAAGAAGCCGGAGCCGCCGCCUUCCGCCUCCACCGUCAUCAAAAUCGUCGCACUGUCCUGCGCUGCCACGGUCACGGCGAUCAUCGCGUCGACCGGCGUCGCGCUCUGGCUGCGGCGGCGGGCCGCGCUCGCCGACACGCUCGAGGAGUGGGAGCUUGACCACCCGCACAGGUUCCCGUACAGAGAGCUCCACAUGGCGACCAAGGGGUUCAAGAACAGCGAGCUCCUCGGUGCCGGCGGCUUCGGCCAGGUGUACAGAGGCGUGCUCCGGCGAUCCGGCGACGUGGUGGCCGUGAAGAGGAUCUCGAGCAACGCGAGGCAGGGGAUGCGCGAGUUCGUCGCCGAGGUCGCCAGCCUCGGCCGCAUGCGGCACCGGAACCUCGCCGAGCUGCGCGGGUGGUGCAAGCGCGGGCAGGACCUGCUCCUGGUCUACGAGUUCAUGCCCAACGGCAGCCUCGACGCUCUCCUGUUCGGCGACUGCGCCGCCGCCGGCAAGUCCGCUUCGCCGGCGGCGACGCCGCCGCCGCUGACGUGGGAGCAGCGGGUGAGGAUCCUCAGGGGCGUCGCCUCCGGGCUGGUGUACCUGCACGAGGAGUGGGAGCAGGUGGUGGUGCACCGCGACGUGAAGGCCAGCAACGUCCUCCUCGGCGGCGACAUGGGCGCGCGCCUCGGCGACUUCGGCCUCGCGCGGCUCUACGAGCACGGCGGGGACCCGGCCACGACGCGCGUGGUCGGGACGCUGGGCUACAUGGCGCCGGAGCUCACCGUGACCGGCAAGGCCACCACGGCCACCGACGUGUUCGCCUACGGCGCGCUGCUGCUCGAGGUGGCCUGCGGGCGCCGCCCCAUCGACCCCGUCACCGGCGUGAACCUGCUGCGCUGGGUCCGGGACCUCGGCGUCCGGGGCGAGGUGGUGCGCGCCGUCGACGAGAGGCUCGGCGGGUGCUACGACAAGGAGGAGGCGAGGCUGGUGCUCUGGCUCGGCCUCACGUGCAGCCAGGCGAGGCCUGAGGCGCGGCCUAGCAUGAGGCAGGUGUGCCAGUACCUCGACGGCGAGGAGCAUGUGCCGGAGGAGGCCGUGCUCGUCUUCUCCGACGCCGAUUCCGUUGACUUCGGGUUGUUCACGUCCCUGACAUGGUCCUCAUGCGCGACAAUGUCUGUCGGCUCGCUCCACGGUGGCCGGUGAACAUCGGCCAAGUUGCCGCGGCCAGAUUUGCUCAUGUACCAGAGUUGCUUAUCAUAGUGUUUUCCAAACCACUCGUUACCACACGAUUAUCACAGUAACCGUGGUUACUGUCACGAUAC